AUAAAAUCCUGCGAGGUGGAGCAUUACUUGUGCUCUGCAUUGAAGAAAUGGCAACUCCAAUGAAGAACAUUUGCUUUGUUAUGUUUCUUGCAACUCUCAGCAUUGCUUUGUUCAAUCAAGUUGACGGGGCUGGUGAAUGUGGGAAAACCACUACUCCUGACAAAGAGGCAUUCAAGCUGGCUCCUUGUGCAUCAGCAGCACAGGAUGAGAAUGCUUCAGUUUCUAGCCAAUGCUGCGCCCGGGUUAAGAAAAUUGAACAGAAUCCAGCCUGCCUAUGCGCUGUUAUGCUUUCGAGCACAGCUAAGAGCUCUGGAAUCGACCCAGAAAUUGCAAUGACAAUUCCCAAACGUUGCAACAUUGCUGAUCGUCCUGUGGGCUACAAGUGUGGAGCUUACACUUUACCCUGAAGAAUGAAUAGCAUGAACAGCGCUCCCCCUGUAAUGUACUACCAACCUGCUGGAGUUCACAUCCUUAUUGCUAGUUCUUCUAGCUACCAAAUUUAAUGUAACAUCCAGACAUCUGAAUAAUAAAUAAACUGUUGGUGUUUAAUCUCCUUUGGACCGAUCAA